ACAUGUUUUGCAAAUAGCAAAUUCAAUCUUAGCAACUACACACUGCGGUUAUAACCUUCUUUACAGAAUUAACAAACAGCGCUUCAACUGGCAAUUCGUGUAGAUAAGCGUUGUGAGCAUCUCCGCGAAAACAGGAUUAAGAAAUGUCAAUGAAAAGUAGCGUUGGUUGCAUUUUAUAAACUAGGUAUCAUUACCAACUACGUUCAGUCCAUUGCAAAAUGCUGUUUAGUACGGUAUUUAUCACCAUCGUGGUGCGUUUAUCACAAGCUGUCGAAUACCUGGAGCUUACAGACGAGUCUUUAAAUUCUACGGAUGAAGUGAGUCCAGGUAUAUUUGGCACUGGACAGGACCCCACUGAACUCGCCUAUCUGCAUCGUCAGCCAUCAAUUACCGGUGUGUGUGACGGUGUGAAACAACUAGUAUGUGAUUCUUGUAGCACUUUUCGCGUUUGCUUGGGAACCGUAAAUGGGCAAGAGCUGACGAUUGCUUGUCCCACUGAUCAGCCUUAUUGUAACUAUGGAGCGACAACGGACUAUUGCUCCACUAUUCCAAUUCCAAACAUUUGUACCGACGCAUCACAAAACGCAAUAUUUACAUGCCCUGCCAUUGGAACUUUUCCAGAUCCUACCAACUGUCGCAUCUACCACGGAUGUUCCAGUGUGGGGCAGACCUCGUCGAUCUAUACAUGCCCCACUGGAUACGUAUUUAAUGCCGUUUUGGAGCUGUGCGCCUUGGAGAAUGCGUUUUCUCGGUGUGUUACACUGCAAUGCUCGGGAAAUUUCGUUGGACAUGUACGAUAUGGCCAAUCUCAGCGAUUCUACGGCCUAUGCGAUGGCACUGGUCAGGCUCCAAUCAUCUAUAAGUGUCCGAUGCGAGCAAACUUUGCCUUCAUAGCGGAUUCCACAUUUGGCGAAUGUUCUUACUUGUGCCCGGCACAAGGAAACUAUCCCAACAGUAACGAUCCCGCAACAUACUUUCAAUGUUUUUGGGCAAAUCGACGACUGCGAUACAAUUUAGUGCAUUGCCCUGUUGGUUUAAUUUUUAACAGCCGAUUGCAAUAUUGCAUAUGAAAAUUUCAAAAAAAAAAUUAUUCUCAAAUCGUAUGACUACAAUCUUUCCAUGCUUUUAGACAUAACGUGAAGUGUGAAAAUGUUCGGUGUAUCAAAAACUUUCAGUUUUUCUAUGGAUUUCCCAUAAAAUAUCAUCGAAUGUCAUCGAUGUUGGCUUCAAGCUUCGCGACGCGACGCUAUUCGGUGGUGUGUUUUUGUACAAGGGUAAGAGAAGCUCGCAUUAAAACUAUAACCAAGAAAAACAUGAAACGAAAAAAUUAAAUAAUUUUUUUUGUAGAGAACUCAUAACUUGUAAUCAUGUUUUUGCGAGAGUAGGAGUAAGUCUAACAAUAGAUUGCCCAUCAGGAACGCACCGUACCCAAUAGUUAUUUAAACAAUCUUCAUAACAGGAUGUAUACUAUAAUAAAAUACAAUGUUAUACAAACA